AUGCCUCAAAGAGACUACUCAUGGUCACCAGAAUCAUAUGAUGACUCAUCCUCAGAUGAAUACUCUUCAAGUGAAGAUUUGUUCCCAAGAAAAUCAUCAAGCAAAAAACGACAUUCAUUCUCAGCAGAAGAAGAUGCUCAACUUGCAACAUUUGUGAAGAAGCAUGGUGAAAAGAACUGGAAUUACAUUGCUUCUAAAUUACCUGGCCGCACAGCUCGCCAAGUUCGUGAAAGAUGGGUAAAUUACUUAUCACCACAUGUUAGCCAUGCUGAAUGGACUAAAGAAGAAGACGAAUUACUCGAAAAACUUAUGUCUCAAUAUGGAACUAAGUGGGCCAAGAUUGCUGAAUACUUCCCAAAGCGUACAGAUGUUCUUUUAAAGAACCACGCAGCACUCAUCAAGCGCCAGAUAAAGAAAGGUAAAAGAGUAUUCUCAAUAAAGUCAGAUAACGAAGAAAUUGUUGAAAAAAAGGAUUCUCCAAAAAGAGUUAUUAGUCAUGAAAUUGAAUAUUUUGCUACAGUGUCUGUACCACCAAUCGAUAUACCAAGUUCCACCCAGUCAACAUCUUCAAUUCCUACACCAACUACUCAAAAUGAAGUUGUUCAGGAUCAGGUUGUUCAGGACCAAGAUCCCUUUGCCCUUUUUGAUAACAUCACUAAUGUAUUGUGGACAUCAAAUGAUGAUGAUGAAAGUAUUUUAAGUAUUAUUAACUUUUUUUAA